UUAUUGCUUCAUAUUUUAUGGUUCGUAAUAAGGAGAUAUCGUUAGUUUCAAGUUACAAGGUGGAAAGUUCACUAUCUGCUAUUAGCUGCGACGCAUCGGAAAAGUUCCUAGUUGCUGGAGGACGAGAGGUUCUUCGCUUAUUUAGUAUCGAAAACAAUAUCCUAAAAGAAGUUCGUAAUCUUCGAUCCUCAAGAAGGAAGGGUCUAAAAUACUCCAUCAAUGAUAUUCGCUGGCAUAAGCUACCAGGUUACGGCAGUCUUGUAUUGAGUGGUUCCACCGAUGGCUCUUUGGUCUUGUGGGAUUUAGCAGUGGACGUUGAAACUGCCAAUGUCUCUACUUCGUCUAUGUCUUUUUCGUAUUCUUCCCUUUCUUCUCGUAAAAAGCCAACAGAACCUCGAUUUAUUACUGCACAUGAAAGGGCUAUCAAUAAGGUGGAUUGGCACAACACCAUAUCGUACAGCUUUUUGUCCUCUUCACAAGAUGGAAGCAUAAGGUUAUGGGACUUGCGUGAAUUUGGCAAGAAUAAUAUUCCAUUGAUAAAUCUAUGCUAUAGUAAAAGUGAUCCUGUCAGAGACGCAUCUUUCUCACCACAUUUUCCAUAUUGGAUAGGCGGUGGCUAUGAGUCUGGAAGUUUUUUACUAUGGGAUAUACGUAAACCAGAUCUUCACCUUCUCAGCAUUCGUGCUCACAGUGGUCUCCUAUUUUCAGUAUCCUGGCAUCCCGAUAAGGAAAAUGUUCUAGCAACUGGUGGACGUGAUAAAAUUAUCCGAGUGUGGGAUUUGAGUCAAGAUGGACGUACAACAGAAACACAGAGCUCCUUGGAUGUGAGCAAGGAACAAAAACGUUCGACCAACUUGUUGGAUAAAGUUUCAUUUUCAGGUUGGCAAGAAAUCUUUUCUCUCUCAACCAUAGCAGCCAUCUCUAAAGUUUCUUGGAGACCGGGAUAUGAAGAACAAAUGGCAUCAGCAUCAUCUGUUCUUGAUACAAGAAUAUCUAUUUGGGAUAUUCAUCGUCCCUACUUGCCAGUGAUUUCGUUACGUGGACAUCGCGAUACAGUUUCGUGUCUCUUGUGGGAGUCCAGUGGAAAUUUGCUUUUUUCUUGUUCCAAAAAUGGCGCCAUAAUUAUUCAACAGGUUGAUAAAGGCUAUCAGCCCUAUUCACAUUUGCGUAAUAAUGUGUUUGCGCUUUCUACUCACAACUCCAUCGCAUAUUCUACUUAUUCUCGAGCAACUAAGGAGAAUUUGACGAGACCUUUUAGUCAAAGCCUGAUUUAUAUUUGGAAACAAGAUGAAUCCGAGAAUUGGAGACUAAAGAUGUUGUACAAAGAUAGUUAUUCUCCUGUCGGUGGAGGUAUUGGUCUUGAUGAAAGUAUACUCCGACAAGUUUGUUACGUAGUAUCUCCAUUUUUACGAAGCAAACCCAAACGAGAUUCUUCAUCAUGGGAAUGGCGGAUUUCCAUUUGUAAGGAAUUGAUAUCUUUAUAUACAAGUGUAGAACUGUCUCACCAUGAAUUUAUCUGGAAUGCUUUUUAUGAAUUCAUCCAGUACCUUUCAGGACAAGGAACUUCCUACAUAAAACAUUGUAUGUACACUCGUGUCCAGGCGUUGUUUGACUCAAUUGUUGUCAAAUGGUGGCAGUAUCUUUCUGAUAUAGGUGAUGUUCAAACCUGUUCGUUGAUAUUGAUAUUGUGUUGGGACCUUGUACAGCCUUCGAUCAAGUCGUUGCUCGAUGGAGCUCAAGGAACUGUUGCAACCUAUGUUGAUAUUUUGAGAAGAAUGGAAAUGCAUGUCGCUGCAACAGAAGUACAAAAUGCUGUACCGUUUCCAGAAAUAUGUCAGUGGAACAGUUCCAAUACGACCAUUGAAGAUUCUAGAACGACAACUGGUGUCAGGGAUGUGGUCACGGUGCACAUACAAAAUGUUUAAUCACCUGGUUUGUUGGAAGCGACUUGGUAAGAAAAGGGACAUAUCGAGA